AUUGAAGGUCCACCAUUACUAUUACUUCCUGAGAUUAAAGAAAAACUUGAUAAUGAAAGAAAAAAGAAAAUUGAUGAGUGCAGAUUAAGAGGAUUAAUUCAAGAAAAAACUUAUCAGAUAUUAUUAUCAGGGAUUUGGUUUAACUGUUUUGCAUUGAAAGAUUCACAAAAAAAUAAAUAUAAAUGA